AUGGAUCUGAGCCCUGACCUCAUAUCAGCCUGCUUGGCCCUGGAGAAAUACUUGGAGAACCCCAAUGCCCUCACGGAGCGAGAACUGAAAGUGGCCUAUACCACAGUGCUUCAGGAAUGGCUGCGCCUGGCCUGCCGCAGCGAUGCGCACCCUGAGCUGGUGCGGCGGCACCUGGUCACCUUCAGGGCCAUGUCUGUGCGGCUGCUGGAUUACGUGGUCAACAUUGCUGACAGCAACGGGAACACCGCGCUGCACUACUCUGUGUCUCACGGCAACUUCCCCGUGGUGCGGCAACUGCUGGACAGCGGCGUCUGUCAGGUGGACAAGCUGAACCGUGCUGGCUACAGUCCCAUCAUGCUCACCGCCCUGGCCACCCUGAAGACCCAGGAUGACAUUGAGACCAUCCUUCAGCUCUUCCGGCUUGGGAAUGUCAACGCCAAAGCCAGCCAGGCAGGACAGACGGCCCUGAUGCUGGCCGUCAGCCACGGGCGGGUAGACGUGGUGAAGGCGCUGCUGGCCUGCGAGGCAGAGGUCAACGCUCAGGAUGAGGACGGCUCCACAGCCCUGAUGUGUGCCUGUGAGCACGGACACAAGGAGAUCACUGGGCUCCUGCUGGCUGUGCCCGCCUGUGACAUCUCCCUCACCGACCGAGACGGGAGCACGGCACUGAUGGUGGCCCUGGACGCGGGGCAGAGCGAGAUCGCGUCCAUGCUGUACUCACGCAUGAACAUCAAAUGCUCGUUCGCUCCCAUGUCAGACUGCGAGAGCCCAGCUUCAUCUUCAGCUGAAGAGUAAAGGUGGAGAGGAGCCAGUGGUCCCCAAGGACCCACCAGCCACACAGCAAACCGUCCCUCCCUCAGCCCACCGUCCCUUUCUGCCCUGGGCUUCCUCAGCCUCCCUCUCCAGGGCAAACCUCCUCCACUUCCCCGGGGGAGCCCUGACAUCUACCAGACUCCACUCCACGAGGCCUUUCCCAGCACCCUGUGUUUAAAGCCACAAAGCCAAGUUGCAUUCUCCUCCCAGCUGGCACCAGUUGCUGACGGCCGGGUGUGGGUUUCUUGUGAAGAACAUGCAGAACAAUCUGCCGGCAAUUACGGGAGGAGUGGGGGCAAAGGGGAAAAUACUGUAUUCUUGAGUCAUUGUGAGGGGAAGGGAGGGGUCAGAAUUCCAGUUGCUAAAUUUGAAUGUCACUGGAAUGUUACCGGCUCCUUGGUCCUGACGUCACUACUGCAGGUCUCCACAAAGCCCGCUUAAUGCCCUUUGUCGCCUCAUUUCAUUGUCUGGUGUAUAAUGGGGUUUUGUCCACUGCCUGCCACCUCCACACAGCUUUCUUGGGAGUGAGGGUGUCAUUCUUGAGCCCUCUCCCUCAGGGCAGAAAGCAGUGUUUUUUCAUUUGUCUUUUUUUUUUUUUUUUUGUAUUUCACUGUCUGUGUCACACACACACAGGGUCAGGGGCACUCAUUGCCCUGUAGCUGGUGUUGCGAUGGGUCCCCUGACUUGGAAAUGACCAACUUAGAAGGAGAAAUGGUGCAGACCUAUCCAUUCCCCACAGGGAGGGCUCAGGAGAACAGUGUUCCUAGAAAAAACUUCCAGAGCUACAGACAAAAGAGGAAAAGGCCGUUUCAGAGUGGCUCCCAGCCCCGGAUCCAGAACGGCCCUCACGGGAGAGUAAACAGAGGAUGUGAUGCAGUGGGCCCUCUCCGAAGCCAUGUGUUCCCCAUUAAGAGCUGGCUGGCCUCAGAGCACUCCCAGAACCAGCUUAAAGUGACAGGCUUUGCUGCAACCUGAGGGGCCAGACAAGUAGUUUUAUGUUUGUGUGUUUGUUUUUAAUGCCCUAGAGCUCUUGCUGGUGACAGGGCACAGACAGGCUUCACUUUUCUCUUAGUGGAAUUUUUUUUUUUCUGUCCCCAGAAUCUCAGCAUGUUUUCUUUGUUUUUUGUUUUGAUUUCUCUCUCUCUCUCUCUCUCUCCCUCUCUCCCUCUCUCUCCCUCUCCCCAUUUAUGUUGUUUUUUUUUCCCCUUAUCUCCUUUCUUUGUAAAGAAGAAAAGAAAACAGCUUCUAAAUGUGCCUUGUGAUGUGGAGGACAUCUUAACCCAGGUCACAGCUGGACCCACUGGGCCUUGGAGCCAAGCCUCAGCAGGGCAUAGUUGAGGCUCAUGAACUGAAAGACAGCGCUGGCUUCUCCUUAGACAAGUAGGUCUCUCGGCUUCGUGGAGUCUUAUUCCACCAGAGUUUUAUUGAAGGGGUUUGUGUAAGGCACAGAGGCUUGCUGGCAGUAGAAAAUGAGGUGGGCGGGUGGAUGGAUAGAUGAAUGGAUGGGAGGUUGCAUGAGUAGGUGGGUUUGUGAGCGGAUGGAUGGAUAAAUGAGCAAUGGAAGGGUAGCUGGGUGGGCCGCUGGGUGGAUGUCUUGAUGGAGUCUUUGCAUGGGACAGAAAACUAAACUGCAGAGCAGUUGCUGGUGUCUGAGGGGUACUCAGUCUAGGGCAGGGAAAGGCCGUGCUCUGAGCUGAGCCCUGAGUUCCAGCCUUGCAGCUAUCGAGUAGUUGAAGGUUUUGGACGCAUCAGCUAUGACCCCAAAGCACAUGUCCUCAGAAAAGCCCUUGUCUCUUUCUGCCACUGCUUCUCUGCGUGGGGGCCGCUGGGGCCAGACAGUCGUCUCUACUUUCUCUCCAUGCAUACUCAAAGAGUUCUGUUUCCACUUUAUGACCACGGUACGUCUAUGAAGACAGUGUUACACGUAAAUGAAGUAUUCUUGUAAUCAUGUUUUAGAAAGUAAAAGGAUUUAAUAAAGCUACAAACGAUGCUGGC